UAUAGCGUUUUUCAAUCGCAAACGCGCCCGCUAUGUUAUGUCCUACCGUUUUAAUUUCCCCAACUUCCUUGAUAAUGUAUCACACGAUCCAAAACCACAAACAAACAAAACACACCAAAAAAAACAUAUAAUUGCUCAUUGACCCUCUUGAGUUGAUGAGAAAUAUCAUCAAAAAGGCCAAAACAGAGGACAACAAAAACAGGAAGCUAGCAAGAAGAAGAAGAUGAAGAAUGGUCUGAUAAUCAUAAACUGUAUAAUCCUCACUAUAGGAACAUGUGGAGGUCCUUUGUUAACUCGUCUCUACUUCACCAAUGGCGGAAAACGAAUCUGGUUCAUGAGCUUCCUACAAACCGCUGGUUGUCCAAUCAUCCUCCUUCCUCUCGUGGCCUCCUUUCUGAGACGUCGGCGCAGCAACCGCAACAGCAACAACGCAGAAAACACGCCGAAAACAAAGAUUUUCCUCAUGGAAACUCCUCUGUUCAUCGCCUCCAUCGUCAUAGGGUUGCUCACAGGACUUGACAACUACUUAUACUCUUACGGAUUAGCGUAUCUGCCAGUUUCAACUUCAUCACUCAUAAUAGGAACUCAACUAGCUUUCAAUGCUCUCUUCGCUUUCUUGUUGGUCAAGCAAAAGUUCACUCCAUUCUCCAUAAACGCCGUCGUUUUGUUGACGGUUGGUACCGGGAUCCUUGCUUUACACAGCGAUGGAGACAAGCCGGCUAACGAGAGCCAUAAACAGUAUGUGAUUGGGUUCUUGAUGACUGUGGUUGCAGCUGUUCUCUACGCUUUUAUAUUGCCGCUCGUUGAGCUCACUUACAAGAAAGCUCGACAAGAAAUCACUUUCCCACUUGUGUUCGAGAUUCAGAUGGUCAUGUGCGUUGCUGCUACUUUGUUCUGUCUCGUUGGGAUGUUCAUCGUUGGAGAUUUCAAGGUGAUAGCAAGAGAAGCAAGAGAGUUCAAGAUUGGAGGAUCAGUGUUUUACUAUGCAUUGAUAGUGAUCACAGGAAUAGUAUGGCAAGGUUUCUUCUUAGGAGCCAUAGGGAUUGUGUUUUGUGCAUCAUCACUAGCUUCUGGUGUUCUCAUCAGUGUUCUGCUUCCGGUGACUGAAGUUUUGGCCGUCGUUUGUUUCCGGGAGAAGUUUCAGGCAGAGAAAGGUGUCUCUCUACUUCUAUCUCUCUGGGGCUUCGUCUCUUACUUCUACGGCGAGAUUAAAUCCGGCAAGAAAGUUCUUGAUAAACCUCAGCCGCCGGAGACAGAACUGCCUAUUCUUCCAGUUAGUGAUUCUGUUGCUUAGAAGGUCUAUAACAGAGCAAUACUGUUAUGUUUUGUUUUUAACAUUAUGUAUGAUUGUUCUGUGUUUUGUUAUUGUUCUUGUGUAGAUGAAUAAAUUUUAAAGAUAUUUUAUAAAUGAAAAUUUUAAUACA